UUCCACGCGGCCACCGUCGCCUGCCGGCAUCUGGGCUACGCCGCGGCUGUCACCUGGACCCAUAGUGCCACCUACGGCCAAGGGGAAGGCCCCAUCUGGCUGGACAAUGUACGGUGUGGGGGCAGUGAGGGCUCCCUGGCAGAGUGCGUUCACAAUGGCUGGGGGGUGCCAGGGCUGAGCCUGGAGCGGCUAAAGCCCAUCCUGGCACGGGCCAAGCUGAGCAUGCCAGUGACGGAGGGUGCCGUGGAGGUGAAGCACAGCGGGCGCUGGAGGCAGGUGUGCGAUGCCGGCUGGACCAGGAACAACAGCCGUGUGGUCUGCGGGAUGCUGGGCUUCCCCCGGGAGAAGCACGUCAACACCAGCUUCUACCGGAAGCUCUGGAACAUGAAGCUGAAGGACCCCAACUCCAGCCUGAAGACGCUCAGCCGGAACAACAGCUUCUGGGUCCACAGGGUGCGGUGCCAGGGCAUGGAGCCCCACCUGGCCCGCUGCCCGACACAGGUGGCCCCACCAGCCCCCCGCCAGCAUGCCUGCCCCCAUGGCAUGCAUGCCGUUGUCAGCUGCGUCCCUGGCCCUGCCUUCCAGAAGGGCACGGGCAAGGGCAGGAGCAAGACCUCCCCAGGAAAGGUGCUCCCGGUGCGGCUGCGAGCAGGUACCCACGCUGGUGAGGGCCGGGUGGAGGUGCUGCGCCAUGGGCAGUGGGGCACCGUGUGUGACAAGCAGUGGGACCUGGCUGCAGCCAGCGUGGUGUGCCGGCAGCUGGGCUACGGGACGGCGAAGCAGGCCCUGGUGGGAGCCCAGGAGGGCAGAGGGCUGGGGCCCAUCCACAUGAGCGAGGUACGGUGCACCGGUUGUAAUUUACUCAGAGCCUCUGGGUGCUUCCUGUUCCCGAGUGGGCGGCUGGGCCGGGCACGUGUUCCCCGGCAGGACACCGGCACCGUGCUCAGCCUCUGUCUCCACAGGCACUUCCACAGCAUUGAGGUCUUUACCCACUAUGACCUGCUGACACUCAAUGGCACCAAGGUGGCCGAAGGGCACAAGGCCAGCUUUUGCCUGGAGGACACCAACUGCCCUGAGGGUAGGUGCCAGCCAUACGCCGGCCCCAACUUUGGGGAGCAGGGGGUGAGCGUGGGGUGCUGGGACACCUACCGCCAUGACAUCGACUGCCAGUGGAUCGACAUCACCGAUGUGCCGCCAGGCAGCUACACCUUCCAGGUGGUCGUGAACCCCAAGCAUGAGGUGGCCGAGUCAGAUUUCUCCAACAAUGUGAUGCGGUGCCAGUGCAAGUAUGAUGGGCAGCGCGUCUGGAUGCAUGGCUGCCACACAAGUGAUGCCUACGGUGCUGAUGUG